AUGUACACCAGCACCAUCAUCACACACCGGCGACGAUGGUGGCACAAGAAGGCGUCCAAAUGGAACUGCCCACCUCGGUCGGCUCCGUCGCGUCAAACUCAAAACGGCGAGAAAUCGCCGCACACCGCCACGCUCUUUGAUCCGGGGCUGUGCUUCGCACGUAGUCGCUUCACUUCGCCCACUCUUUCGCUCAGAGUCGCCUCGCCUCACUUCUACGCUUUAGCCAGUGUCGGUUUGGGAAAGCUUGCCCGGCAAGUGAAGCCGACUAGUGACGCUGUCUCGCGCGCGUCCUCUGCUUCGUUCCGUCGCGUCAAAACAGCGAGGGACCAACUUGGCCGAGAGUUCGACUGCGAGCGCUGCGGAAAGACAUCAGGCAGGCGAGUAGGGCAGUGCCCGACUCGCUUGCUACCCACUUAGACUCGCUGUCUCCCACUCCUUCGCACAUAGUCGCGGCCUUUGUUCCUGGGCUGUUCUUCGCACAUAGUCAGUCCGUUUCGCUCUCUCACUCGAUCGCACGUAGUCACUUCGCUCCACUUCUACGCUUUUCUUUGCCAGUGUCGGCGGAGUAGAAAUGAAAAGGGGCCACCUCGGAAGCAGUCUACUAGUCAACAACUUGGGAGGAGAUAUACUUUCGCCCUGACAUCCGCGUCCACAAUUCCGCCGCCUCCGAUCGUGCGCGUUCUGAUGAUGAUGCGCCGAGCUGUGAGGUCUGGGCUGUAAGUGAGUCUAUCAGCUUCCCUGUCCUGCUUUGGUUUUGGGAAAUGAAAAAAAACCGGCCUGCGUGGUGGAUGAAAGUCGUAGAAUAAGAAAACGGAUCUGGAUGCAUUUGAAGGCGGUGCUGAUCUUCUGCGCCGAAUUGGUCUGAAGUGGGUGCGUUGAUCUUCUCACUAUCUCAAUCUGUGUCAUAUUGGAGCAAGUAGCGGACUUUCUGUAAAGGAUGGGAGCGCUCCGCUCUGCACAUUGCAGAAAGCCGAGAAG